AUGGCGUGCGGGUCGAUGGCGUGGAGAGAGCUCCAGCGGGAGAACGAACGACUUGAACGUCAAGAACGAACAGUCGAGCACGUCAUGAACAGCUUAAGAGCCAAGAGUUUACUCGAAGCACAAAGCGAACGAGCAACUCCUCCGGUCCAAACUUACCCACUUAAAGGUGCUCCCCCGGGUGAAAAGGAACUGGGCAUUGCCCACAGUCAACUCCACGGGUAUUUUCGUCGAAAUGCGAUCGGGGGCGACUGCAGCUCAGGCGCUUUCCUGCGCGACGACCUGUUCCUCCAUGGUUUCAGCUACCUGGACGCAGCAGGUCUGGGCAUUUGCCGAGCAUGGCACGACAUGGUGAUGGUCGAAGGCGUGUGGGAGGCUUUGUAUGGCCGUCGCGCGAUCGAGUGGGCCGGCAAGAACAACUCGCGCCAUCUUCUCGAGCAGAAUUGGACGACUGGACAAGCCGUCGUCUCCACGUUGAGCAGACACAACGGGACUGUGACGUGCCUCGAGUUUGCCGGGCUGGAAAGGGUGACUGGGUCUGACGAUGGGAGCGUGAUGCUGUCGUCGGUCGCGCCUCGGUCGGACGGUACGAUGGCCUUCUUGUUUGCGCACGCGAUGGUGACUAGACGAGCUCCCGCCCCGCGUCGAUGUUCGCUCAGCAGCACACCACCGACAGGUCCGCUCGCCGUUCCUCGAACGUACAAUGCGCUCCAGGACGAGUCGACUCGCACAAACUGCACUCGUUCUAUGGCCACGACGGCCCUGGCAUUGCGCUUGGAUGGCGCGACGCGCAUCAGCGGUUCCAACACGAUCAAGUUGUGGAGCGUCCAGGCACGGUCCGCAGUCUCGGUUCACGACGGCGUCGUCGGGGACAUGCAUCCACACGCUGCGCGCGCACACACUGACUGA